UCUUUGUCCUAAACCUCACGCCACCGCCAAAGCUAACACUUUUUUCUCUCUUUACCUUUUUCCUUUUUUUGUUUCUAAAUUAAUAAGUUUGGAAUAUUAGUCUUUGACGGAGAAUGGAUCUCACGCGGAGACAUUGGUCUUUGUCGGCGAUUUUCCUCUCGGCAGCACUCGCGACGCUGCUGAUUUCGCCGCGGUUAUCAGCGGCGGCGACGGAGAACUUGGCAUUCAAAGUUCGAAGCAAGUUCGCCGGGAAAAUAGAAAAGGAUCUCGGAGCCCUCAAAGCUCACGAUGCUCACCGUCACUCCAGACUCCUCUCCGCCAUCGAUCUCCCUCUCGGCGGCGAUAGCCAGCCUGAGUCCACGGGUCUAUACUUUGCUAAAAUUGGACUAGGAACUCCAUCAAGAGACUACCAUGUCCAGGUCGAUACAGGAAGUGAUAUCUUAUGGGUGAACUGUGCUGGAUGCAUCAGUUGUCCUAGGAAAAGUGAUUUGGUAGAUCUAAAGCCUUAUGAUUCAGAUGCUUCCUCCACCGCAAAGUCUGUUUCUUGUGAUGACAGCUUCUGCUCUUACGUUAACCAAAUAUCUCAGUGCCAAUCAGGCUCCACUUGCAAAUACAUCAUCCAAUACGGAGAUCAAAGCUCCACUAGUGGUCACUUAGUGAGAGAUGUUGUGCAUUUGGAUUUAGUCACUGGUAACCGUCAGACCGGUUCUACCAACGGAACCAUCAUCUUCGGGUGCGGGUCUAAACAGUCUGGUCAGCUCGGUGAAUCAGUCUCUGCAGUUGAUGGGAUAAUGGGAUUUGGACAGUCCAAUUCAUCGUUUAUAUCUCAGUUAGCUUCUCAAGGGAAGGUGAAAAGGACUUUUGCACAUUGCUUGGAUAACAAAAACGGAGGUGGAAUCUUCGCCAUUGGAGAAGUUGUCUCGCCGAAAGUGAAGACUACUCCUAUGCUCUCUAAAUCAGCUCAUUAUAGUGUUAACCUCAAUUCAAUAGAAGUUGGUAACUCAGUUUUGCAACUUUCUUCCGGAGCCUUUGAUUCAGGAGAUGACAAAGGAGUCAUUGUUGACAGUGGUACUACUUUGGUCUAUCUUCCCACGGCUGUUUAUAAUCCGUUAAUCAAUGAGAUCUUGGCUUCACAUCCAGAGCUCAACUUGCAUAAGGUUCAAGAUGCUUUUACUUGUUUCCGUUAUACCGACAAUUUAGAUCGGUUCCCACCUGUGACAUUUCAGUUCGACAAGUCGGCUUCCUUGACAGUGACUCCUCGGGAUUAUCUCUUCCAAAUUCAAGGAGACACAUGGUGUUUAGGCUGGCAAACCGGUGGAUUGCAGACUAAAGAUGGAGGAGAAUUGUCAAUUCUUGGAGAUAUGGCGCUUUCUAACAAGUUAGUUGUCUAUGAUAUCGAAAACCAAGUUAUUGGAUGGACCAAUCACAACUGCUCAGGAGGAAUACAAGUGAAGGAUGAACAAAGUGGAGCAGUCUACACAGUUGGUGCACACAAUCUCUCAUGUUGAGUUUGAAAGAGAAAGAGAUUGAAGCAAUCAACAGGAAAUAUUCCCCCAACAGACGGACAAAAUUAAGUCCCGGGGAGGGGGGGUUCAUGGUAUCACAGACACAAAGCCGUUAUUACAUACAUGUGAUUGUGUUUUCACUUUCUUUACUGACAAUACCAAAACAGAAAGAAAGACAUAAAUAGAAAAACAAAACUGACAAGAGUUUAUGUUCCAAACCAAUGAAUGUCGACUCAAAGAAUAAGAGAAUGUAGAAAGGUGGGAAA